AUGUUACACGGGGAUAUCUCCUGUAACAACGUCUUGCUUGAUGAAGGCCUUAACGCGAAGCUUGGCGACUUUGCUGGGUCUUCGAUGGAUGGACAAGAUCCUCUCAUAUGCUAUGAGACCAGUCACGAACAUCCUGAGAUUACAGGCAUUUCGACAGGAAGUGAGCUCUUUGCUCUUGCUUCUACCUUCUAUGAGAUCAUGACAGGAUCCAAACCAUAUAAAGAGUUGUCAGAUACGGAGAUAAUCCGUGCAUAUAAAGAAGGGAAUCGGCGACGCAUUGGCACAAUAGUGCCCAUUAGCUUUGGCUUUGUUGCAUUCAUUCUGAUCGCGAUUGAGCUGAAUAUGCUUGGGGUCGGCUCUGCAUUUACUGAAAUAGUACGACUGGUCAAAGUAGUGACACAUGGAGAUAAGAGUAAGAGGGUGUGA